GUCGCCUCGCUGCGGACCUUGGUCCUUUCCAUCGCGAGCAGCAUCUGGUCGCUGAUGUGGACCGCUCUCCUUCUGAUUCUCAUUAUCUACAGCUUCGCGGUCAUCCUCACACAGUUGGUCAACGACUUCUGCCGGUACGAGACAGUGCGGAUCAUGCAGGACACCAACGCAGUGCCCAGCUGCAGGAACUUUCCGGACCUCGAGAGGUACUGGUCCAGCCUGUCGGAGAGUAUGCUCACCCUCUUCUUCUGCAUCUCCGGCGGGGUCGACUGGUCGGCUGCCAUGCUUCCUCUGGGCGAGGUCUCGGCGCUGGCGGGGGCCACGCUCGUGCUGUACAUCAUCAUCACAGUCUUCGCUGUCAUCAAUGUGGUGACAGGCGUCUUCUGCAACACCGCCAUCGAGAGCGCUGCGGCAGACAAGGACAUUGCCAUCAUGAAGCAGAUGCAGAGACAGAAGGCCCAGGUCGAGUCCUUGCGUGGGUUCUUCGAGACGAUUCAGACCGUGGAGGGGAAUGUCGGGAAUCAGGUGAGCCUGCGCGACCUCAAGGAGGCUCUGACCCGAGACAAGCUCUCCGGGUUCUUGGAGUCGAUGGGAAUCUCCACUCAGGACGUCUGGAGCCUCUUCAUGAUCAUCGACGCCGAUCGCAGCGGGCUGAUCGACCUCGAGGAGUUCGUGGCCGGAUGCAUGCAACUCCAUGGACCGGCCAAGAGCCUGCACGUGGCCAAGAUGAGCCACGACAACAAG